CUCUCUAUCAAAGGCUGGUUGUUUCAGGCCAGAGUUUAGUUUCAGGGCUUUGGAUUCAGAGAAUGGCACCAGGAGGCUGGAUGGGACGCCACUCUUUGUGGAGCAUCUGAUGGGAUUAAAAGCCUCUCAACUCCUUUUUGGAGGUUUCCGAACAGAAUUUCAAGAAACUAGUGAAAUAUCAUGAAGUAACCUCUGAGGAACAUGAAUUGUUUUUCUGGCUCAUUUCUACUUUCCACGAUUUAGUGAAGUGAGGCAAAACUAGAAGAGUUGUGAUUUCUUUAAGACUUUCAUCCAGGACUUGUAUGGGGCUACGGUGGACCUUUUUGUUGGUGAUAUAUUGAAGCUCAUGUAAAGUUUUGGUGCGAAACUAAAUCUGCAAAAUCAGUAACAGUUUUGUUCAUCAAGUGGCUUCAAGACAGUCACAACAUAAUGUAUCUGAGCAGAUGGAGGCCAAGUGGACAUGAGAUCGAGACGUGAAGUCUUUUAAAGCAUUGUUUUUAAUUGUAUCAAUCCUUUAAUGUGCCUUUAAAAUUGGAAACACUCUACGUGUUUUAACUAAAGUUUCAAAAGCUGACAUAAACCUCUCACACAAUGAGCAAAGAUCUUCGUUUUCCCAGGAAGGCGAUGCAGAUGAACUAUUCAACAAGGAGACACUCGUGUAUUGGUUUUGAUGUGGAGAAUGGGCUGUCGGUGGGCCGCAGUCCUCUGGACUCUCAGGCCAGUCCCGGCUCUGGCCUCGUGUUGCAGGCCAAUUUCCCUCACAGUCAGCGGCGCGAGUCUUUCCUGUACCGCUCCGACUCGGACUUUGACCUCUCACCCAAGGCCAUGUCUCGAAAUUCAUCCACGGCCAGUGAGCUGGAAGAGAGUUUGAAGCACUGGGAAGUCAACUGGCUCAAUCGACAUGGAGAAGACAUGAUAGUUACACCAUUUGCACAGGUCCUUGCCAGCUUGAGGACUGUGCGGAGCAACUUUGCCGUUUUGACCCAUCAGCAAGACCGCGUCCCUAGCAAGAAGUCUACAGGAAACAACCCACCAUCCAUGUGCAAGACAAGCCUACCAGAGGAGCCAUUUCAGAAGUUGGCAGUGGAGACUCUGGACGAGCUGGACUGGUGUCUCGAACAGCUGGAGACUCUCAAGACACGUCACUCGGUCAGCGAGAUGGCAUCUAACAAGUUUAAAAGGAUGCUGAAUCGAGAAUUAACCCAGCUCUCAGAGACUAGCAAGUCAGGAAACCAGGUCUCAGAGUACAUCUCCAGCACAUUCUUGGAGAAGCAACAUGACAUGGAUAUUAUGUCCACCCCAAGCAAGGAGAAGGAGAAGAAGAAGCGGCCCAUGUCUCAGAUCAGUGGCGUGAAGAAGCCCACACACAGCUCCAACAUCGCUCCCUCCAGCAUCCCUCGUUUUGGCGUCAGCACCAACCGGGAGGAUCUACUGGCUAAAGAGUUAGAAGACUUUGACAGAUGGGGUGUGGAUAUGUUCAAGAUAUCCGAGUGUUCUGGCAACAGACCGCUAACGGUGGCAAUGUACACAACCUUUCAGGAAAGAGACUUGUUGAAAUCCUUCAAAAUUCCUGUAGACACAUUCAUUAACUACAUGACGGCUCUGGAGGAAAACUACCGCUCAGAUGUAGCUUACCAUAACAGCAUCCAUGCAGCUGAUGUGGUCCAGUCCACCCAUGUCCUGCUGUCCACUCCUGCCCUUGAGGCUGUAUUCACUGACCUUGAGAUCUUGGCUGCAAUGUUUGCCAGUGCCAUUCAUGACGUGGACCAUCCUGGAGUGUCCAACCAAUUCCUCAUUAACACAAACUCAGAGCUGGCACUAAUGUACAACGAUUCCUCUGUUCUGGAGAACCACCACCUGGCUGUUGGCUUCAAGCUGCUGCAGGAAGAAAACUGUGACAUUUUCCAGAACCUGACCAAGAAACAGAGGCAGUCGCUGCGCAAGAUGGUCAUUGACAUGGUCUUGGCCACUGAUAUGUCAAAGCAUAUGAACUUAUUAGCGGAUCUCAAGACUAUGGUGGAGACAAAGAAGGUGACCAGCCUGGGUGUACUACUGCUAGACAACUAUUCAGAUCGCAUACAGGUUCUUCAGAACAUGGUGCACUGCGCUGACCUGAGCAACCCAACGAAGCCGCUGGAGCUUUACCGUCAGUGGACAGAUCGCAUCAUGGUGGAGUUUUUCACUCAGGGCGACCGAGAGAGAGAUAAGGGGAUGGAGAUCAGCCCCAUGUGUGACAAACACAAUGCCUCUAUUGAGAAAUCACAGGUGGGCUUCAUCGACUACAUCGUGCACCCGCUGUGGGAGACCUGGGCGGACCUGGUUCACCCUGAUGCCCAGGAGAUCCUGGACACGCUGGAGGACAAUCGAGAGUGGUACCAAAGCAUGAUCCCUCACAGUCCCACCUCCACCCCAGAGGACAAGAGCGCUGUGAUGGGGAUGGGGGCUAUGGGAGGUGGCAUCGCUUCAGCGGGGGAUAAAUUCCAGUUUGAACUGACCUUGGAAGAGGAAGGUGAGUCUGACGUGGAGAGUCCCGUGGAUGAAGACUUGACUUCCAGCACACGGGACUCCUCCAGGACAGAUCCCCAAGGCAAACAAACAUCUCCAGCUGCCCGCUUGCUGUCCGCUCGCUCCCCCGGCUGCAGGACAAUGUCUUUUAAGAUGGGCGAGCCACCAGACAGCGAAGAUGAAGACAAAGAACUUGACCAAGAAGGGAAAAGCGUGUCGUGCCUGCGUUUGGGAACAUAACACUCGUGCACUUUUUUUUUUUUUUAGUAUUUUUUCUUAUUUGCUUUUUUCGUACCUCUUCCUCACCACCUCCCAGUCCCACUCCAUCCCAUUUUCAGCUUCCUUGGGUGGAGGUGACGCAGUGCAGGAGAGGUAAAAAGGCUUCAGCGGGACAUUUUUAUACCGUAGUCACCUUGCACUGGAGUGCUGAAGCUGUUUUUAUGACUUCGGGAUUUGUAAAACAUUCAAAUGUACUCGAGUGUCUUCCUGUGACGUACCAGGGUUUCAAUUAAUGAACAAGUGGACUUUCGAGAGCCGACUCUGAACAUAUUGAUUGAUAAACAAGACACUUUUUACGUGAGACGAAAGUGCACUAAAAUGUUUUUUUGUUUUUUUUAAAGACACUGUUGACUUAAAGCUGGUCUAUUAUUAGCUGAACAAAAAAACAGCCUGACCUUAACACAACAGAACAUCUCAGGAUUCAAACAGACGAUUGCUUUCAUGUAGCAAACAGCUCGAGGGUACCCACAUAGAGACCGCCGUCUUCCUUGGAUCGCUCUUAAAAUCUGUAGACUGAAGUCGAGCCAUGAUUGUGAUCUUUUUUGUACUUGUAUGUGGCGCCACCUAGUGCUUAAUAGUGGAACCGCAGCCACAUUUAUAGGAUUUAUACCACCGUGUGGCUUUGUUUUGUUGUUCCUUUGCACUCGUUUGGCUGUUAUAAUUUGAACUUGAUUCCCUCCUCACCUUAAUUUCUAGGAAUGCUGCUGGCGUCCACAUGGUUUACAUAUGCUUCUCGUUUAUUUGUUUAUUUUCUCAGAGCUUGAGCAUUAGUAUGUCACAGCUUGCUUCUGAUUGACCAGGUAGCACUUUAGAGGACGUUUUUGUCAUUGCCAAACAAACACGCUGCUCCAUCAGUAAGGGCUGGAGUCAAUAUUAACAUGUGGUAGACUAGUUUUGGCAGCGUGCGAAUGUGCCCUUUAAAUUGGUCUCUGGAAAGCUGGGCUGGAUUGGAAACCCACACUGUAAAUAAAUAUCAGUUAAUUAACAGUCCUGUAUUUUGGGAUUUGUGGGUGGUUUUCAGUUAUUUACACUUCAGAGUGCAUUAUGGGACAGUAAUGUCUACUGAAACUCCACAAAUGUAACAGUAAAGUUUAAAUUUUGAAACAAUAUAUUGCAUAAAAAUUUAAAAGGAAGAACCCAGCAAAUAAUUGUGUUUAAUAGACGUCUAAUUGACAUCUAAACGUAGACAGCUUGGCUAAAACAAGGCUAAACUUGGGCUGUCAUUGAAAAUCUAAUAGACAUCUAAGCAUAGCCCAAAACUAGACUAGUCAUCAAAUCGACAGAUUAGGCAGCCUUUAUAUGUGUAGUCAUUCAUUUCUGUUUAUUUGUUUACAUCUGUUUACAUCUAUUAGAUUUUCAUUGACAGCCCAAAUGUAUCCUUGUUUUAGCUAAUACGACUAUGUUUAGACGUCUAUUAGACAUAUUUCAAAAACAAAAAAUGUUUGCUGGGUACUUACUUCCAGGGCCGUUUAUAUCGAAUUUGAUAUUUAUCUGCACAGCGCUACCCACUGCGCCACCAUGCUGCCCAAAAAUGAAAUGCUAAAUAAUAAAAAAUGUAUAAACAUUUCAAUAAAAGCCACUUUGUUAAACUUUCCAACAUCCAUAGUUAAUAUCAAGGUCCUGUAAUGCAAUUCAUAAGUGUCAAUAAACAGAAAACACCCAUGAAGCACAAAAUACAACUGUUAAGUGACAAACUGGCAAGACACUGGAGGUGAAGAGGGUCAAAACGUAACUAAUAUAUAUAGCAUCAUACUUUCCUAUUGCUAUUUUUCAAGUUUUUAAAAUCGUAUGUUUGAAUAUGCAAUAAGGCAUUAUUUUUAUUAAAUAUUUGAUAAUUUGCAUAAACUUAUUGUCCAAAAGUCUGUGUUUUGAUGAACUAGCUUUACAUUUUUUGAGCCUAUAACCAUGUUAGAUGUUUUUUACAGGGAGGAUUUUUGUUAGGAAUUCUUUUUAUCACACAAUGACAGCUCGUAAAUGUUCAAAUAAACACUACAAUUAUGUGUGAACAUAUCACUCUGUAUAAACCCUUCAGAGUAUAGAUAUGAAUAAAACUGUGAAGUUUGUUAGUGCUGCUAAAGUGGAUAUUUAUUUAAAUAAUCUAUCAUAUUUUGAGCAAACGUCCUUUACAAUUUCAAGUGAAAUCUGCAGACACAAAUUUAUCAAGUGCAACAAUUACAAUUAAACAGCUUAUUUGGAUUAUUUAUUUGCAUUAGACUGACAAAAACAUCUCAAGAAUCUCACAAUUGACAGUGUUUUUGCCUCCAGUGUCUCUCCUUAAUGGAUUGUUGUUGUUGAUUUUUUUUUUUUACAGUGCACAUUAGCUGUCCAGAAAGUGAUCUGUGUCCUUAAACCACAUGUGUACUUUCUCUGUUUCUGUGCUGGUCACACUGAAAAUAAGAGGUACAGUUGAAGUCAGAAAUAUUAGCCCCCUUUGAAUUUUUUUCUUCUUAUUUUUAUAUUUUCCAAAUGAUGUUUCACAGAGCAAGGACAUUUUCACA